GCACGGACUCCGACAAUUCCGGUCCUGAUUCGAACAUCGAGCCGAGCCAUGAUCGGACCAUCUUUUCCCAAACAGACACCCGCGUCAUAAUGGAACGGCGAGGACCGAGUCAUUUAGGCCCUUACGGACUAGCCUGCACGAGCUGCUUCAAAGCCAAGUGCAAAUGCGUCGCCCGUACCGACGGCGAAGGUUGUCAGCGCUGUCACCGUCUUCGCAAGCAGUGCCGUCCGUCCGAUUCAAUCCGGAAACGCACCAUCGAGAAGACGCAAAACUCGGCAUCUCGCAUCGCCGAACUCGAGGGGAAGCUAGACAGCCUGAUUUCCCAGCUGCAGACUCGCAAUGUCAUCGGUGGCGACCCGCAGCCACCAAGUCAAAGUGACUCGAGGCCUGUUGGCUCAGGGGCAGAAUCGGUUCACCACUUCCAAACGUCGGAGCACGAAGUAUUAGACAGCGGCCACGCGGAAGACGGCGAUGACGAUUCUGAUGAUUACGAUGACAAUAUACGGUCCGCGCGUCGGGGUGCUUCGCCGAACGCCGUGACCACAUCGGACUCGCCGGAACCCCAGAUCUCCGAAACGGAAGCCGAGACUCUUCUCAGGACGUUCCGAUCUUGCAUGUUGUCUCACUUCCCAUUCGUUCACCUCCCCAUCCCCCUUGGCGCUUACGAAUUGCGGUGCGACCAGCCGUUCCUCUUCCGGGCUAUUGCGUGCGCUGCGUCGCCUUCGGCGAGGGAGAAAGCGGCGCGAGGGAUGGCGCUGAAGAAGGCAAUCGGUGACGCCAUGCUGGGACGCGACAGUGAGUCCAAUACGGGCAGGUUGGACCUACUAUUGGCUCUCUUGACAUACAUCUCCUGGGGCUGGGACCAUGUACUCAACCGGGGCAACCUGCCACGGCUCAUGGCGCAAGCGAACUCGCUGGCCCGUGAAAUACGGAUGGACGGGCCACCUCCUCCGGAUGCGCAGGUCAGGGCUCUGUUUACCCCUGGGUAUGGCUCUGAGGAAGGGGGAGCUGUAACGAGAGAGGUGUUCCUAGCGCGGCAACGUGCUGUGCUGGCAUGCUUUGCGCUUAGCUCUGUGGUCUCGGCCUACAGUGGCCAAGCAAUAGAUGCACUGCGAUGGACACCACAGAUGGAGGACGGGCUCGCUGCCAUAACCAACGACGGAAGCUGCCCUACAGACGCGACCCUCGCCAUCCAAGUCCGUCUACAGCUGCUCGCGCAGAAGGCAGUUCAAAUCCACCAACACCAACAGCUAGAACAAGGACAAGUCCCCGUCACCGAACUGACCAACUUCCAAGCCAUCAUGGCCCUCACAGCACUCCAAACCCAACGCCAAGAAAUCCAAACCUCCCUCCCCCCAGCCCUCCGCCAGCAUGAACACCUCCUCGCCCACAUCCACGCCACCGAACUCAGCAUCAGCGAGGUGACCCACGCGGUCAGCGCCAUGGUGCCCAUCAUGAUCACGCAGUUCUCGCGCAUGGCCGGCGCGCGGGAUCAGAUGAACGACGACGGGACCAACAACAGCAACAGCAACAACUCCGACGCCACCACCGCCUCGGCCCGCCACGAGCGCGUCGCCUACCUCUGGCAGAGCACGCGCGCCGUGCAGGCCUGCGCCGCCGCCCUGCUCGCCCCCGAGCCGGCGCGGUUUGCGGGGAUUUCUGUCCUGCAGUGGGCGCAGCUCGCGCAGUGUGCGGUCGCCCUGCACCGCUUGACGGUUACUUGUGAGGAUCCGGCUUGGGAUGUUGUUGCUGCGAGGGAGGAUGUCCAUUUGCCGGACCUGCUGGGCCGGGUUGCGGCGAAGCUGGAGCUGGUGGCGGCUGAGCAGCGGGAGCAGCAGGGACCGGAGGGGGUGUUUACCCGGCUGGCGCGGACGAUGCGUGAGUUUUGUUCUGAUCAGGCCGGCGCUAUGGGGGAGGACUCGGGGCGCUUACUGCCUCGUCUGUAUUGAUGAUAUGCGAACGAGCAUGGCGAUGUUUAUUAAAGGCUCCGGGGUGGAACUGUAUAGGUAGGUCGUAAUAUUUGUAAAGGAGUCGGAGUUGAAUGAUGAGUUAUUCUACCCUACUAGGAUUGAUAGUACACAAGCCCUUCUCUUGCCGUG